UAAGGUUUAAGAGGCCAAUAUAAGUUGGUCGCAACAAUGGACGGGUCUUGGUUUUUCAUGAUUUUCGAGUCAGAUGAUUGCUUUAAAGUCAAAACUGUAGUUUUGGGUGGUGGUUUUAUUUUCAGCAGAGAAUCCUCGGAUCCCCUUAAGCAUAAAACAUUCGGCCUAUCUUUAGGUCCGUGGAGUCUGUCACACACGAAUAUAUCCGUUUUUGUUCUUUUUCAUGAGCUAUAUCCAGUCAAGGAUAUAUCAACAAUUUAUAUGGACCGGGAUGGAAUAUUGUCACCACAGGAUUUUAUCGCAGUUUUGCACAAAAUGGAAUUAGAAAGUUCUUUAGAUGAAGCAUAUCUUCAAAAUAACCAGCUCCCGUUGCCACUUUCCAGAUCAGCUCAUCUUGUAUCACCAACGAGAUCAAAUUCACAGACUCAUUGCAAACCCGGUACUUCAUCUUCCACUGAAACCUAUGAUAUUGAAGUAGCUGAAGAUACGGAUAUUCCUGUUAACGUUGUUCCUAGUCCUUCACCAACACUGGUUACAGUUUUUCCCCCUAUGUCUCCAACAGAUUCGUGGAUUGAGCAGAAUGAUAGAAAUUCAGUUGAAAUCCAAUCGGUCUCCUUGCAGUCACUAAACCUGGAUUCAAAUGAAGAACAAGUAACUUCAGACUUAUUGCAAAAAUCUGGUCUUCAGAUCACUUCAGCAGAAUCAACUAGUGUUGAGGAAGUGCUUGUGAAGCAUAUAGAAACUAGUUCCUCAUCCUAUUCUUCUGAAAAGUCAGAACAUUCCCCUUCAAGUUUUAAUGAAGAGAUAGUUACUCAUCAUCAGGCUUCAGAAUCUUCGAUAAACAUAUCUCAGAUAGAUGUCACUGGUAAUUUUUUUUCUUUGGAAGCACCCACUAAGUCUUCAAAACCAGUCACGGAUAGUCAGAAAACAAACCAUAAUUCAUGGCCUACAGAUGUGACGUCGGAAUUGGGAAAUGGUGCACAUCAGAAGUUAGAUUUUCAGUUAAACAGUGGUAGUUCAAGCAGUCUAGAUGAUCUUCAUCGUUAUGAAACUUUUGAUGAUAUUAAAGAGUUCAGUGUUGUUCAGCAAUACAGUUCAAGCUCUGAUUCUGAAUUAGACUACAAGUUUGAUCAGCGAUAUUCCACGGAUUACAAUAAUAUACAGAGUUCUGGAAGUUUGAAGUCUAUCAAUACAAAUUGUGGGACUCAUGCGCGUGACUCAUGGUUAUCAAGAAGGGGGAUAAAUUCAAGAAUGGAACGUAAAACGUUCAGGUUUGAGCACAAUAAAAUUUCCAACAACCAGUCACAUAUUUCUUCUCCAAUUCCCUGUAAUAUAAAUGUAUUCAACCUUACUGAGUUGAAAGAUAAGGUUUAUGACAAAAAUUCAUCGACAUGUUCCAGUUCGACAGUAAGCAAACGAUCAGAUCGCCAUAUUCGUGAUAUUGAAGUACUGGAGGUUGCUGGAGUCCCUUUCUCAUAUGAAGAUAUUAUAUAUUCAUCAAAUGAAGAGUUUCGUGAAUUGCGAGCGACUCCUGGCCUAACAGAAGAACAGCUUGCAGCAAUGUCAGAUGCACGUCGACGAGCUACUAACCGUCAAGCUGCUGAACGUUGUCGUCGCUCUAAGGUCGCUGUUCGUGACGAACUAGCAGAACGCUUGGCUCAACUCCGCUUACAAAGGCAGGCACUGACAAAGCGUCUAAUCAAGGCUCGUCAACGCAGACGCGAAGCCAGGUAA